CAUGAAGGGGAGAGAGAGGGAGGGGUUGUGAUGGGAACCUAAACGAAGACCAGACGGGGCCUCAGCCUCCAACAAGGCAGUGAUGACAAAACCCGGCACUCCCUCUCCUCUUCCGGUCCGUGCCUUUGAGACAAGGAAACCCCUUUGGAAAAAAAAAAUCCGCCUUUUCAACCAAUCAGCGCCGGGUCUGAAGCUGCAGCAGCCAAUCGUUAGCGUGGACGGCGUGAUGGCCGCGUCCCAACACUUGAGCCCCGCCUGUCGGGCUCAGAGGAGUUGACACUCUUCUCUGCUGCCUGUGUCUCGUCUGUCAGUCUGUCUGUGAUCAGUCAGUAGGUCAACAGAGCGGCUCCAUCCCUGCUUCUCUUCACUUUCAACACUAACUAACUAUCAACCAUCAUGAGGGAAAUCGUGCACAUCCAGGCCGGCCAGUGCGGUAACCAGAUUGGUGCAAAGUUCUGGGAGGUGAUCAGCGAUGAGCAUGGCAUCGACCCAACAGGAACCUACCACGGAGACAGCGACUUGCAGUUGGACAGGAUCAGUGUGUAUUACAACGAGGCUACUGGUGGGAAGUAUGUGCCCAGAGCCAUCCUUGUGGAUCUGGAACCAGGCACCAUGGAUUCAGUCCGCUCUGGACCCUUUGGACAAAUCUUCAGACCCGACAACUUUGUAUUUGGUCAAAGUGGGGCAGGUAACAACUGGGCCAAAGGCCACUACACGGAGGGGGCAGAGUUGGUGGAUUCGGUCCUGGAUGUGGUGAGAAAAGAGGCUGAGAGCUGUGAGUGCCUGCAGGGUUUCCAGCUCACACACUCCCUGGGAGGAGGCACCGGCUCCGGCAUGGGCACCCUGCUGAUCAGCAAGAUCCGAGAGGAGUACCCUGAUCGCAUCAUGAAUACCUUCAGUGUGGUGCCUUCUCCUAAGGUAUCGGACACAGUGGUUGAGCCGUACAACGCCACGCUGUCAGUCCACCAGCUGGUAGAAAACACAGAUGAGACAUACUGCAUUGACAACGAAGCCCUUUACGACAUUUGCUUCCGCACUCUCAAACUCACCACCCCCACCUACGGCGACCUCAACCACCUGGUCUCAGCCACCAUGAGCGGUGUGACCACCUGUCUGCGUUUCCCCGGCCAGCUCAACGCCGAUCUGAGGAAACUGGCUGUCAACAUGGUUCCCUUCCCCCGUCUCCACUUCUUCAUGCCCGGCUUUGCCCCUCUGACCAGCAGGGGAAGCCAGCAGUACCGCGCCCUAACUGUGCCCGAGCUCACCCAACAGGUGUUCGAUGCCAAAAACAUGAUGGCUGCUUGCGACCCUCGCCACGGUCGCUACCUGACGGUGGCUGCAGUGUUCCGUGGCCGCAUGUCCAUGAAGGAGGUGGAUGAACAGAUGCUGCACGUCCAGAACAAGAACAGCAGCUACUUUGUGGAGUGGAUCCCCAACAACGUCAAGACAGCCGUCUGCGACAUCCCGCCCCGCGGCCUGAAGAUGGCCGUCACCUUCAUCGGCAACAGCACAGCCAUCCAGGAGCUGUUCAAACGUAUUUCUGAGCAGUUCACCGCCAUGUUCCGCCGCAAGGCCUUCCUCCACUGGUACACCGGUGAGGGUAUGGACGAGAUGGAGUUCACCGAGGCGGAGAGCAACAUGAACGACCUGGUGUCCGAAUACCAGCAGUAUCAGGACGCCACGGCAGAGGAGGAAGGAGAGUUCGAGGAAGACGUGGAGGAGGAUGCCUAAGAAAGAAACAAAAAAAUGAUGUAAUGUGAGCUGAAGAAAGAGAAGAAGUCAUUGAUCAAAAAAGAAAAUCUCCCAAAAAAAAAAACAGAAAAGAAAAAAAAAGUGAUGUGAAAUAAGGCAGAAAGGAUGAAGAGGGCUGGUUAGAGAAGUGUCCGGGUGUGAAUUGGUUGAUGAAGGGAUAGAAAUGAUGGGAAGAAAUGAAAAGAAUGAAAGAUGAAUGUAGGCCAAGAGGUGAAAGAGAAGCGGGAUGAGAAACCGGAUAAAAAUUACAUGACCAAAUUCAUGUGCCAUGGUUUACAGCUUAUUGUGACGCCAUGUAAGACUGGCCUCCCAAAAUCUUUCUCACACUAAGAUCUUGUCGUGUGGCAAACGCACAGAUCAGAAGCACUUCACUUUCAUCAUUUAGUAUUAUCUUCUACUGGAAACAUUUUUUACUGGGAACAAUUCAGUGAAAUCGCCAUUUAAACAAAGCUUCCCAAUUCAUCAUGGUGGCUUUAAACUGUUUUAUUUUACAUUGAACAACUGUUGUGCUAAAUGGUAAAUUAUUGAAAUAUUGCACUUAAACUCAAUGCAAACUAUCUUGAAGUUUUUGCCAAAUAAUGCUGAUAUGACAUUACUUCUUGCAUGAGAAACUAUAUUUCUACAUUCGUUUGAUUAUUUGAAUCUCUGUGCUUCAUAACUGAUUUUCUCAGCUGGACCACUGGAGUGCUGAGGUAGCAGUUGGGAAGCUCCAACUUUUGACUUUACAUUCCAGUUUUAAAAUGUUUAAACAAGGGUUAAGUCAAAGAAUGUCAAGUGUUAAAGGCCCUUUAGGUGUGACUUAGAUUGUUUUUGGGAAACCAGGUCUAAAACAUUAUCAGUGAAUUUCAGAAAUACGAAAUCAUUCCCUUAUCAGUGUUAAUUCCUUGCAGUGUUCAUUACUUUUAUCAGUGUUCAUUACUUUUUGCCAUUUUUAUCUUUCAAGAUCACUCACAGAGCUAAAUGUAAUUUCAGGUAGUAGGCGGGGCAGCACUUUUUUCCCUCACUUAUUAUACAUUUUAAGUGAAUUGAUCAGCACAUAUUUUACUGCUUUCGUCACAUCUUUUUCAAGACUGUGAGUGAGUCAAAUAAUUCCAGAGAUUAUUAGUCAACAUCUCUGAGUAUAAGACCUUUCUCUAUUCAUGUUAAGCUAAUUGUUUUUAUAUUGUAGUAACAUAGAAGAAAACUUGUCUCACUCAGCUGAAGGCACCUGUUAUAUCAUCCACUGUAACCUUCAUUAUGGUCCAAAAGCAUACGAUUAAAAAUAAGUGUCUUAUAUUUGAUAAUGAGAGACAUUUUUAAGAAGGCCUUUUUGCAGAGCAUACAGCCAGUUCAAUAUAUAUUAAAUACCAGUAAUUGCAAAUUCUGCAAGGUUGUCAAUAAGGGAAAAAGGCCUGUUUCAUUGACGUCCUAACAAAUUGAUGUUACUAUAAUACAUAUUCACAGCUUUAAUUCAACAGCAGCAGAAGCAGGGUUUUUCUCAGACGCCAGCCAACGUCGUGAGGAGGAUCACACAUGCAGAUGCCCUGAGGCCAGGUCAGCAUUAGUUGAAUCUGUUUCCCAUCCCUUAAUGUUUGGGUGCCAAUAGCUUAGACUCAGCUAUAAAUGUAAAACCUCGACAACUUAAAGGGCUGAGCUCAGCUUCACUAAAAGCAUCUUUGCUGUUGUUGGAUUAGAAUCAUGUAUCUGCCAAAUAUUUAAAAGUGUUUUUGAAAAGAAUAAUUUUGUGUUUAAUUGAUUUCAUGGACACAAUGCUCAAAUUCUCCAAACUUAAAUGACUAUAUACAGUAUUUCUUUGGAUUCAAGUAAGGAAACUACCUUCAGCUAUAAAUAAAAAUGAUAAAAAUACCACUAAUCUACUUGUUAAACUGCAGUUUUAAGGACAAAUUGACUCACAAGAAUGAGCCGUAUUUUGUAGAAAUCAUGGAGAGAAGUUGAAGAUUUCAUGUUUAAGCUCAGUUCAACAACUCUUCUGAUGUAGUUUUAACGUUUUCAUUCAUUUUAUGGCUUCUUGAAACACAUAGAAAAAGUACAAUGACUAGACUUUUUUACUUUUGAGAGAGAAAAAGAAAAACACACAUUUGCAGUUUUAUGUUUCUUCCUGUAAAAUGUUUUGUCCUGUGAAGCUGUGCACAGUUUAACACUCUGGUAAAUGUUUACACUCUGAGCCACUACAUUAUGUAUUCAAAUCAAACAAACGUCACUUAUGUUCAGAAUGUGAUCCUCAUGUUGUCUUUGUGUCUGUGUGUGCUUUAUUGUUUGUUAGUACCUUUUUUAUUUCCUGUGGAACAGUUUGACUUGGGAUCCCAGUGACUGUGAAAUGUUUUGGAGAAAUAAAAAGGCAUUUGUAGGAAAAAAAAAACCCCAUUUGUACUGUUU